AAACUGUAACUGGGUUUCUUUCAUUUCAAAAUAAACAAAACAUGGCUAUACCUCCCAAACCUCGUGUACGUGGAAGUAAAAAUAGGAAAAAAGCAUGGAAAAAGACAGAUAUUACGGAGGUUGAAGAAUAUUUGGAAGAAAAAAGAUUUGAUGAGAGAAUAGGUGGCACCGUAUCUGAAAAGAAAGAUGCUGAUCUAUUUAUUGUGCAAACAACUGCUGAAGAUGGUCCAGAGGUCAAAAACAUUAUAAAAGGGCCUUUGAAGUGCCAUUCAAAUAUUGGAGUAUUUUCAAAAGUUCCUGUUCCAAUUUCCAUAGAUAAAGAGCCAUAUAGUAAAAAAAUUAUCAGAGUUAAACAAAAUGCUGAAAAACGAAGGAGAAAAGUUGCACAAUUAAAGGCAAAAAAAUUGGGUAAAAAAGAACUGAAAGAAAAAGAUGACAAGCUGUUACUGAAAGGAGAUUUAUUUGCAGCUGAAGUGAAAGAUAUAUGGGGUGAAGAAGAAAAAAUUGAUCCGGAAAUCAGAGAUUUGGUGUUAUAUCGAGAUGAGUACACUAAAAAAAGAGGUCCUAAGGUUCCCUUUCAUCUUUAUCAAAAACCAUCUCUCUUACCAGCUGUGGAAGUCCCUCACCCAGGUGCUUCAUACAAUCCUGCAUUUGAAGACCAUCAGGAUCUGCUUUCUGAGGCUGUUGAAAUUGAAGAAGUAAAGCAAAAAGGAGAACUACACUUGAAACGUGUUCUUACUGAUAUGUUCCCAACUAAAGCUAAUGCUCCAACACAAGAAUCAAUUUUAGCGGAGAUGUCACAAGGUCUGUUUGAAGAUGAAACAAUUGAAAAUGUUGAAGUACUUUUAAGUCAACAUAGAAAUCCUGCUAUUACUCCUGAUGAUCGGAUCCCCAAAUCUAAAAAACGAAGAAAGAAGGAAAGGAAAGAGCAAGAACGGCUGAAGAAAGUUGAGAAACUUCGUAAGAAGCAAUUGAAUGAAGUGUACAGAUUACGCUCCAUCAAAAGUGAAUUAAAAGAAGAAGAAUCAAUUUCUGAGCAAAGACAAGAUAAAAGAUUACAGGAAAAAAUUGAUAAAAUGUACAAACCAUUAACCUUGAGUAAACAUAAGUUUGAAGCACCAGAUUUAGAAGUUGCUCUACCUGAGGAAUUGUGUGAUUCGUUGCGUACUUUAAAGAGUGAGGGAAACCUAUUGGAAGACCGUUACAAAAGUUUGCAGAAAAGAAAUCUUAUAGAACCCAGGAUAAGGCAAAAGAGGAAGAGGAAAUAUAAACUUAAAGUCCAAGUUAAAAGAAACCAUCGUGAUUUUCAAUAAAUAUUUUUUUCUUUGCA